CCAAAUCCUAAUCCCCUCCAUUUUUUUCUUCUUCUUGUUUUUAACUCAUUUUCACUUGCAUAUUCUGAAUGAAUCACCAAUCAGUAACCUUUAAAAACGCCCAUUUUCCUUCCCAUCCCCGCCACCGCUACCAUUGCAACCCUAUCCAUUCUCGCCUCCUCUUCCCCUCCCCUUUCUUAACCCUCCAUCCAAACACCACCAUCUCCAAAUCUGCCCACUUUUCCUUCACCUGCCGCGUUCUCCACACCCCACUUCUCAAUCACCCCUCUGGCUCUCUCCACACCUCCAACGCUGUCAAACCCGCCGCCAAUGUCGUCAAAAUCGUCGAUGUCGCCACCCUCGGCAAUCUCUGCGUCGAUAUUGUCCUCAAUGUUCCCGAAUUACCCCCGCCUUCAUCUGGCGCUCGCAAAGCCUUCAUGGAGCAGUUAGCCGCCUCUCCUCCAGAUAAGCGAUACUGGGAAGCUGGUGGGAACUGUAAUAUGGCUAUAGCAGCUGCGAGGCUGGGACUUAAGUGUAUUACAAUAGGUCACGUUGGCAGUGAAAUUUAUGGGAAGUUUCUUCUAGAUGUGCAUCGUGAUGAAGGAAUUGGUUUGGUUGAAAUGAGUGAAGAAACUGAUGUUCUCGACGCCCCUAGUUCUUCUUAUGAAACCCUCUUAUGCUGGGUGCUCGUUGAUCCCUCGCAAAAACAUGGCUUUUGCAGUCGGGCGGAUUUCAGUAAGGAACCUGCUUUUAGCUGGAUGAAUACACUGUCCGAAGAAGUAAAGAGGGCGAUUAAACGCUCGAGAAUCCUAUUUUGUAAUGGUUAUGGCUUUGAUGACUUGUCCCCUGAUGUGAUAGUCUCAGCCGUGGAGUAUGCUGCUGAAGUCGGUACAUCGGUGUUCUUUGAUCCGGGGCCUCGAGGGAAGAGUCUUUUAAGUGGAACCGUGGAAGAGCAAAAAGCACUUAGGCAUUUCUUGAGGAUGAGUGAUGUCCUCCUAACAGCUGAUGAACUUCCAGGUUUAACCGGCCUAGCUGACCCUAUUCUAGCAGGGCAGGAGUUGCUGAAGAAAGGAAACCAUGCUCAAUGGGUGCUUGUGAAGAUGGGCUCUAAGGGUUCGAUUCUGAUAACCAAGUCAGGUAUUACUUGUGCGCCAGCAUUUAAGGUGAAAAUCGUGGACACUGUCGGGUGCGGAGAUAGUUUCGUUGCUGCUAUUGCAUUCGGUUUUAUACAUGACAUUCCGUUGGUUACUACGUUAGCUUUCGCAAAUGCAGUGGGUGCAGCUACUGCUAUGGGUUGCGGUGCUGGUAGGAAUGUAGCGACGAUGAAGAAAGUGGUGGAACUGAUAGAAACACCCGACCUCAACGAGGACAAUAAGUUCUGGAACAAGCUACUGAAUGAUCAUGUCAACUCGCAGGAGGUAACGCUUUUGUCGAAAUCGGUCUUAAACGGAAGCAAUGGCAGGGUGAAGCAUGUUACAUUGCAAAACGUGGUUUCCGAACUGCUGCCUAAGCUUACAUCUAAUCAAUUUGAGGGGAAACUGUCAUCUUGAUGGGAUUGCAAAA